AACUUACCUGACAGGGGGAGAGAGGCAGAGAGGAAGAAAGGAGAAGCAAAAGCAAAAAAAAGGGAGUGACAGCUCCACAGGAGGAGAAGAGAGACGGGACAGAAAAGUCGGGCUAGUCUCCGCUGACUCCUUGGUUUGCUUUUGGAGUCAAGAAUGAGCAAGGCUUGGAGGGACACAUCACAUCAUCUGUGCUGGAACACAUUGUUAUUCAUCUGAACUUGGCAAGAAAAUUAACUAUGAAGAACAUGCAUUUCCUCAAAUUAAAUGCACGGGUUGUUGGACCAGAGAGCUGAACAGCUAAAGAGGAUGUUUUCAUCUCUGAUGUUUCAGGCCAUGAUCUUAAGGAUAUUUGCAAGGAAGUUUGCAGAGAUGGCAAGCAAGUUUGCAGAGAUAAAAUGGUGACUUCCGAGAAUUUCUUCACAAUAUUGAAAUGGCCUCUAUAACAGGAACUAUGAUAGGUCGAAGCAUACCUGUUGAAGUUGAUGAAACCGGAACUUGGUCCCCAUUUCCAGAACACUCUUUGGAAGAGGCACUGGAACCUUCUGGUGAAAAUACAGAGAACUUGGUACCCAUAGGACCUUACCCUUCUGAAGUAUCUUCUCAUUCUCUGGCUGGGCAGUCACAUUUUUACAAGUUCCCUAACCAUAUAGAUUGUCACAAUGUCAUGCUAAAAACGUGUGACUACUAUCUCCAGAAACAAUGCCAGGAUUCUGGAAGGCAGAUACCACCUGUCCCAUGCAAUGAAUCAGCAGCCUCAUCAGAAAUUCAUAUUUUAUCUAUGGACAAAACAAACCAGCUGCUGAGGUCUGAGUCUUCAUCUGAGUCUCCUAAUACCAGACACAAUUCUAGUAGUUUGCAGAGAAGUUCAUCUGAUAUUUGUCAAGAUUCGUUUGGUGAAAGUCAAGAGAAAGCAAACUCAGGUCUGACCCAGGAUAACAGACCACCACUAGAUCUACCAACAGAAGAUGCAGGAUAUGACUCUCAGCUUCUGGAUGUAAUGGGCAUUAGGCAGCUAGAACCUCCAUUGCCACUGACGUCUGUAUUUAACCUGCAAGAUUAUCCAAGACCGCUGAUGUCCAGAGAAUUUCCACAGAUGGGCCCUCAGCCAUAUCCUGUGUUCCCAUUAAUGCCCCAUCCUAAUGCUUCCCCACAAGCUCAGUGGCAUCCUAGAUACGUUCCAGGUGAUAUGUGCUGCCAUAAUCCUUAUGGUCAAACACCCUACCAGCAGUUUGUACAUCAACCUCAACUACAACAUCCUAUUCCUGGCCCUUAUGUAAGAGGCAUCAAUCCUGCUCGACAAAUUAUCCCAAAUUAUUCCAGUCCUUAUUCUCCCAGAUGCAAUGAAGAAAGACUUCCCCAGAGAGAAAUCUCUUCUCCAGAAGUUCACAGAUUCCAGGGCCAAUUACAGAAUCAGGUACUUGAUGGAAGAGCAUCAUCCAAUGCACAUGGUGCCUAUGAAGAUAUGAAUAGGUACCCACUUGAUUGCUUGGCUGGAAUUAGCAAACCUCCAUACCCAGCUGUUGUCCCAAGAACUCUGAGCAAUUUUGCAGUCAGGGGAACACUGAGGACAAGUAACUUGCCAGAAGAGUUGCGUAAAGUCUUUAUAACCUAUUCUAUGGACACAGCUGAGGAGCUUGUGAAAUUCGUGAAGUUUUUAUCUGUAAAUGGAUUUAAGACAGCAAUUGAUAUCUUUGAGGACAGGGUUCGAGGUAUUGACACUAUUAAAUGGAUGGAACGAUACCUGAGCGAUAAGACAGUGAUGAUAAUCAUAGCAAUCAGUCCAAAAUACAAACAGGAUGUUGAAGGGGCUGAAUCCCAGCUGGACAAGGAUGAACAUGGCUUACAUACUAAGUACAUCCACAGGAUGAUGCAGAUUGAGUUUAUACAACAAGGAAGCAUGAAUUUUCGAUUCAUUCCUGUGCUUUUUCCAAAUGCAAAAAAGGAACAUGUACCUACCUGGCUUCAGAACACUCACAUCUACAACUGGCCCCAAAAUAAAAAGAACAUUAUGCUACGGUUGCUGAGAGAAGAGGAAUAUGUUGCUCCUCCAAUAGGCCCUUUGCCGACACUCCAGGUUGUGCCAUUAUGAACAUACAUUAAAGUACACAUGAAAAAAUUGUUGUAUGGCUCUGAUGGCUGGCAGCCAGGAUUCUCCUGGCUUCCCCUUCUGAUUGAUGAAAAGCAUGUGCUCGCUGUCUCUCUCCACCCCUGCUAAUAGAAUUGUCCUGGAUAAUGCAAGCCCAUGUGUUUUCUCUUAUCCUGAAUGUUUCCUUCUGUGACUGAUCAGGCAUGCUACUUCUCCCUCUAUGUUUAAACAAAUGGCAAAUGGAAAGAAUGUCCAAUCAUUUCUCUUCUGUUUCCAGCAACCUGCUUUCCAACUCUGCAGCCAAGCGAGCAAAUACUGUAAAUGAUGUUGCAAUAAGAAAAAAAAUGCAUUCUCUUGCUUGUUUUGGGUUUCUUUUGUUGUCAGCCAGAUGUUCUUGUAUUGUACAAUGAUCUCUAACAGUCAGUGUUCACAAUAAAAUAUUUGUCUUUCA